CGGUAGCAGACUAAUAAAAGCCGAAAAGCCAGUAGUAGGCACAGAGAGACAAUCACAGCGGUGGAGAAGAUGGCCAGAAGAAACUACCUCCCUCCAAAUGCCUUACAACUCCGAGACAUGCCCUUCGAAAGGGCACCUCUCCCCGGACUCCACCCUGCCCUAAUGAACGACCCUCGCCUCCUCCACCGCCUCCCCGCCCCUCCUCCUCCCUCCGCCGCCGCCGCCCUACUCGAAGACCGCCACCGCGAAAUCCAAUCCCUCCUCCUCGACAACCAGCGCCUCGCCGCCACCCACGUCGCUCUCAAGCAGGAGCUCGCCGCCGCCGAGCACGAGCUCCGCCACCUAUCCGCCGCCUCCGCCGACAUCAAGGCCGAGACUGACGCUCAGUUGCGGGAGGUCUAUGAGCGAUCGCUGAAGAUGGAGACCGAGGUCCGCUCGAUCGAUUCUCUCAACGACGAGCUUGCUCAGGUGAGAGCUGAUAUACAGAAAUUGAGCGCCGCGAGGCAAGAGCUUAGUGUUGAGUUGAAAGCGAUCGACGGCGACCUUGUGAGGGCUCACUCGGAGUUGCAGCAAUGGGAUGCUAUUAAAGCUCAGAUUGAGACCAUGCACCAAGAAAUUCAAAGAGGAAGGGCUGCUAUUGAAUAUGAAAAGGAGGCACAUGCUAGUAACCUUGAACAAGGUGAGGCAAUGGAGAAAAGUAUGAUCUCCAUGGAUCAUGAAAUUGAGGAACUACGUGCCGAACUUGCUAAUGCAGAGAAGAGAGCAAGGGCAGCUGCUGCAGCAGCUGCAGCAGAGACUCCAAGUCCUGGAUAUGCCGCAGGGUUUAGAAACCCUGAAAUGGGGUAUGGUGGGAGUUCAUUUCCUGAUCCUUAUGCUUUGCAUCAGGUUCAAGGCAGUUCUGAAGCUGGUUCGCAGUACAGUUCUGCAACGGCACCUCAAGGCCCUUAUGACAUGCCAUGGACUCAUGUACAUAGAUAAGCGCUCAAUGCACACCAGAAUAGCAUGAAUUCAAAAUUAUAUUUCGCGGUAAGGUCACAAAAGAGCCAUUUUUAAGUUAUUAGCAUUGACUUGGGAACAAUCCUGCCAGUAAGAUUGAAUCUUUUCAUACUGAAAGAUUCCAUGAAGUCCAUAUUUUGGAAAUGCAAAUUUCUCCCAUCUCUGAAAAUUUGAUAAGCAUUAUGUCUAUGCCCUUAAGUCAAUACUGAGGUGAAAACAUGGCUUUUGUUUCUCUUUUUCCAGUUUUCUUUUUGUACUAGUGUUUAGGAUCUGUUUUGCUUGGUUUCCCGGCGUUACUUUGUUUGGUGUGUAGGCUUAUAUAUUUUGAAAGGUUUACCAAUAUCCAAUUUUGUUGUACAAACCGAACUUCUGGUUUUGUUUCAUUCUAUGAGAAUGUUAUGAUGAGACAUGUGGAUGUGGGUUAAUCAGUCAUCUAA